GCUAUGGAUAAGUGUGACCGCGGUAAAGUAAGAAAAAAAUACCGCUCGCUCUAGAAAAUAUGAUAUUGAUACUUUCAAAUGCUUGAAUAAACUAAUUAAAAACAAAAUUCUCUAUUGUUACUCAUCGUAAUAAAUGUUCUAUCAACCAAUAUACCACAUUUUUAAAAAUAUUAUACAACGGUCACUCUACAGUGUGCAAUAUGCACCAGAGCUUAAGUGUUGGAAAACAUCGGCGGAACACACUUAUCAAAACCACAAGAGGGCGCCACUGCGUUGCGGGGCAACCAAAUGUAAAAACAAAAAAUUGUAUUAAAAAGUUUAUUGAAUCUGCAUGAAAAAUGUCAAGCAAGCCGGUAAUCUGCUUUGAUAUAUCAAAAAAUGAACGUUUUCAAAUAUCGGAAAACUACAAAAUGAUGCACCGCAAGCUGAAGGUCAAUUGGAAUGUGGAACAAAAUGAUGCUGAACUCAGGAAGGAGCGACUUGCUCGGGUCAAGAUAUUCGUUAUCGCCGGGCCACAAGAUCGAUUCACAGAGGAUGAAUUCGAGGUGCUGAAGCACUACGUGGAGGUGCAAGGUGGCAGUCUGGUGGUGCUCCUGGGGGAAGGCGGGGAGCCGGAGUUUAAUACCAACGUGAACUUCUUCCUGGAGCAGUACGGGAUCUACAUCAACGGCGACACUGUGGUGCGACCGCACUACUACAAGAACUUCCACCCCAAGGAGUGUAUCGUGGGUGGUGGCGUUGUCUGCGAGUCCAUGUGGCGACACCUCCUCAAGCUGGACAUCGAGAAGGUGGACUUCGAUUUCAGUGACGAGAAGUACAAGAUACACUUUCAAUAUCCCUAUGGGGCCACGCUGAAUGUAUCGGAGCCUGCGAAUGUCCUGCUUACCACGGGUCCAGUGGUGUAUCCCUUCAAUCGUCCCUUGGUCGGCUACUUUACAAACGGGAAAGGUGGAAAAAUCCUGGCGGUGGGAUCUGGAUACAUUUGGCAUGACAAGUAUCUGCAGGACAAGACCAACGAUGCCAUGUUUGAGUACUUGAUAAAGCUGCUUGGAGGCGAUGAGAUUACCUACAGUCACUUGGACUUCAACGAUGUGGAGCUGAGCGACAACAAGCACUUCACCGAUAUUGGUUUCCUGGCCGAUAUGCCAAAGGCCUGCCUAAUCGAUUCGAUUGGAACCGACAUGCCCACGGACUUCAAGCAGAUGUUCGACAUGAGGCUCUAUGGGCUAAGCAACCGGCUGCUCAAGGACGUCAUGGACACCUACGAACAACUGCACGUCAAGUACGAGCCGCUGAAGAUCAUCAAGCCGCAGUUCGAGAUUCCGCUGCCCAACGUCCAGUUGGCCACGUUUCCGCCCAUCUUCAGCGAGCCUUCGGCUCCGCCGCUGGAGCUGUACGAUCUCGACGAGACUUUCAGCGGAGCUCGAUCCCAGCUGGCGCACAUGACCGGCCAGGUGCUGCAGGCGCUGCAGUCCAAAGAGCCACAAAGAAGGGCUCUCAAUCACCGGGAGCUGGAGAACUACAUCAAGGAGUGCGCCAGGAUUACGGCCAUUGUGGACGAGCGCCAGGAUAUGGCAGCUCGUGAGAUACUCAACAUCGUGGCACGGCAGAUUAUCAGCUACAGACCUUAUGCGGAGGACUAGAACGCUCCGAUUACUACAUUCCUUGCAACUUUUUCGGGCCAAUCAGCAAAAUAAGAAUUAUGUGAACAUAUAUAUAUAUAUAUAUAAAAUUUAAAAU